AUGAGCUCUUUCACAAACAACGUGCACGAAGCCAUCGUAUCAAUCCCCGAUGAGCGUUCGGACUGGCCUACACUGGUCAUACACGAACUCAUCGAUGCUCCUGAGUCAGGCACUGAGGCCAAUCCCAUAGUGAUUGGAGAUGAUCCUGCUCCUUUGGGCUCGGCUUCCAACCCUAUAGUGAUUUAUGUUGACGAGGAUUGUGGCUAUGAUGAGGCAGAGCAGCUUGGUUCUGACGCCGACACUGAGGUCAUGGCUACACCAGAAUUCUGGGAGAAAUUGAUCGAUGAAAACUUUCCUGCCCCAGCAGACGAGCGUGCAGACCUAACCUGCGAGUGUCCCGAAGAGCCUCGAAUCCUUGAGCAGAAUUGUCCCCGCCUGGAUGAUAAAGCAACCAAGGACAGAGCGCCUAAGGUGAUGGAAGAUCACUCCGUAGUUCUCUAUGGCCAAAGUAGCCAAGCAGAAGUUGAUCAAAACAACUACGAAGACAAUUCGCAACCGAGUUGCGGUGUGUUUGACACCUGCUCGAGAACGGAUCAAUUUCAUACGCAGGAAACACUAAAUGGCACCAAUGAGUGUAUUGCAAAAGAACCACAGCAUGGCUCUUGUGGCAGAUGGUCAACCAAACGCAAUCUUUCAGAUACCGAUGGCCUCUCCCUUAAACCGAGACGAUCUGAACGAUUGAUCAAAAGGGCCAGACAGUCAGUAACUCGAAUGUGA